AUGCCCAACAGGAAGCCAAGAUCACAAGCCCCUUCCCAGCUACCAGGAGGGAGAGCUCACGCCCAGCAGAGCGCGAUACAGCAAAAGACCGGGGUCACGAUCGCUGAGCUACAGGGCAUGUUUCUCAACGCCAAGGUCAAGUUCUUCCAGAAUCUUAGAAAAUUGGUAGCCCCCCAUUAUGAAACACAUGGGUGGGGUCCAAUUCAUGAGGCAAUGCGAGACGAAGCGGCUCUACGAAGGCAGGGAGGGUAUAGAUCGAACUCGCAAACAGCUACGUGGAUGCCCAUGGACGUGGACAACGCCUGGAAGAGAUUAGAUGGUGGUGGCGGUCCAGCACCACCUUCACUCAUUUCCCCACCGCCCAGAACGUCGGGGUAUUGCCCUGGAGUACACGUUGUGCUUUGCGGUAUCGGUGACCCUGAGUCCCAGACCAUCUAUGAGGAGGAUGCCGGAGUUGGACUCUGCUACAAUACGGGUACCAAAAACCACGAGGACGCAAAGGCGAACGACCAGGAGCCCCUUAUAGGGCCAGACGAUGUGGGAAUCAAGUAUACUGGCUACAUGACGGUUAAGUUCAAGAGCUGGCAGUGGCUGAAGCACAAGGUUGCGUGCGGCGCGAUGGGCGAUUAUCUCGGCAAUCUCAACAAGGACACGACCCUCUUUACCCACAUGCGACGCCCUCACCGUACAGAAGACAGCGUCGAUCACGGAUUUGACUUCGCAUGUCUGAAUGACCAGAUCAAGAGAGCAAAUUAUCUGUUUUCAGGAGACAUAUCUCAAUACCCAAGACCUAAAGAGGAUGAUGCAGAUAUGUAUGAACUGCCUGGCGCAAAGAUCCUGCAUGAUAUUACGAAGGACGAGAUAACACCUCCCGAGUUCCGCUUCCGCCCUAAAGUUUGCUACUCUCAAUCUUCGGAUUAUACUAUGCAAGAUUAUCAGAGCGUUUCAUCCAAUAGUGAUGGCAUGGGUUACGGUGGAAAGAUGUAUUUCCACCAGGAACUCAAGCAAUCUUUGACAAAGUGGAGAGACAUCAGUGUCUUCAUGGUCGGUGAUACCAUAAUCCAGAUCGCCAUGUCCAAGGGUGACUGGAUUGACCCCGACGCCCACCAUUCCGGCUUCACUGCCGAUCGCUGCUUCACCAAUUGGCGGAGAUUCAACCCUGCCCCCCAGAACGCCACGACAGAAGAAGCGAAGAAGAAAGAAGCCGAGCUUGGUAGAUUUGUAACCUUUCAGUGA